GGAGGGGCCGACAGAAAAUGGCGAGUCUGUGCAAAAGGCAGCAAUGCACGAUCGAGAGGCGCGGCUUUCGGCAGGAACUUGACUCAUGGAGGCAUAAACUCAUUCACUGUGUAGGUUUUGAAAGCAUUUUGGAAGGGCUGUUUGGGCCAGGGCUAGUCAAAGAUUUUCCUCUUUUUCAAGAUUGUGCGCCAAAGUGUGUUUCAGAUUGGUCUUUUGAUGAAAACUGUCUCUUCUGCUGCUUAAGACGAGAGAAAGUAAAGGAGAACUUGAGUGGUUUAAACCAAAAUUUGUCAGAAGCAGACAGACAAAAGCAGGAGCAAUCAAGUAUCAACAGACUCGAGAAGCAAGCAGAAGAUUUCCUCAAUGCUGUCUUCUCUAAAAGAGCAGACCGCUCCAGCUUCUCAGAUCCCCACAUUCCUCUAGUGGCACGUGAGAUCAUGCAGCGAAUGAUCCGCCAGUUUGCCGUGGAAUAUACCUCAAAAACCAGUGCAACUCAGGAUAUACCCCAACCCCAGUCCCAGCUCAACGGCACCAAGGACCAAAGUCUGCAAAAAGUGCCCUCGCCAGAACUGUCUGCCACAACGCCCACCUCCCUCAGUACGGGUCUUAACACCAACAUCGCUGCCUCAGCACAGAAUCCUGUCCUUAGCAAACUUCUAAUGGCUGACCAGGAUUCUCCACUGGACCUCACUGUUAAAAAGCCAGACACGGAGUCCAGCAACCAAGAUGGAGUCCUUGACCUCUCAACAAAGAAAAACAAGAACCGUAGCAGCAUCUCUUUCAGAACCUCUCACAGCUUCUCCAUCAUGCCUGUAAUCAGGGGGCAUUCUCUGAAAGUUGAACAAAACUACCAAGACAUUGAUGAAGAUGGCCUGGCACAAAAAAACUUGCAGGAUGGCCUCUGGGAGAACCGUCCUGGCUCUGCACUCAUCAAGCCUCCGCUUGCCCGCUCGCUUUUCAUAAAGGAGGAGUUCCUCAGUCAGAAGCAUCGCUCCCUUGGACAACAGUCACCUCUUUCAUUGGCCAACUUGGAUACGGUGGGUCUGCUUAAUCACAGUCAGACACAUCAUCUCUUAUUUCGUGAUGGCUCAUGGGGAAAACCUCAGUUAGGCGGUUUAUUAAAGCUCAAACAGGCCAGCAACAACCUCAGCGAUUUAAAGGACCUGCCACUUUUUUUGGAGAACAACGGAGCUGUCACCAAGGGUUCCAGUGCCUCCUAUGACAAAGCUCUUGAUACCUCUAUCAUCUCAGUGAAGAAGGAGCCUGGGAACUCUCCUCCAGUGGACUUGAAGAUCCCACAAGUUAGGGGAAUGGAUCUUUCCUGGGACUGCCACGGUAACACCUCAGAUAUCUAUAAUUUUAAUUCCAUGUCUGUCAGCGGCGCACACUCCGAGAAUUGUCUAAGCAGGAAGCUUAGGGCUAUCUUACCCAAACAGAACCGCAGGAUGGGCCUGGGAGGCCUCUUUGAUGGAAACGUCAUGGGCGAAUACUGGAGCACAGAUGCUGACCAAUCAACAUCUGGACAACAGUAUGCAACCUCCGACCCCGAGGCAGAUCCAACAGGCUCCAAACAGCCCCGCAAGAAGAGAGGCCGCUACCGCCAGUAUAACACCGAGAUCCUGGAAGAGGCGAUUGCUGUGGUGAUGGGUGGGAAAAUGAGUGUUUCAAAGGCGCAGAACAUCUACGGUAUCCCCCACAGUACCCUGGAGUACAAAGUGAAGGAGAGGAUGGGCACGCUGAAGAACCCGCCAAAGAAGAAGCUGAAGCUCAUGAUGAAGAUCGAGGGGCAAGAGUCUGCAAUCACUGCAGAAACCGAAUCAACAUCAAAACCAACCACCACUACUUCCAGUGCCGUGGAAGAGGACGUAUCGCAGGAAGUGGGAGAAGCAAAAGAAUAUAAAAUGAGUGAAUAAAAAUAAAAAUACACCAAGUAACAAAGUCGAAGAGGAAAACCCACAAAACUCGUUUCCUAAAUGAAAACAGACAGGGCUUUAAAUGUGCCAAUUUACUUUGCAGUAUCUGGGUGAGCACAACUGCAGGGAUCCAAUAACUGGGGAUAAAAAGCUAUUUUUUUUAGGUGACAAAUGCUUCUGAAAGCCAUAGGUGAAUCAAAACCAGACAUUUUAUUAGAAGAAAAAGAGAAAAAAAGAAACGUAGGCUCAUUAACUUGCCCCCUAUUUGCCUCUUUUCCUCCCUGCCAUUAUCGUGCAGUGUCCUGUUAUGAUGAAUAAGAAAAAUGGGGAGCAGUAGGUGAGCAAAAUGGUUAAAAUGAGCCCUUUAAAAAAAUGAACUCUUUCCUUUUUGUUACCGCAGCUCCUCCCUCUCUUUGUCACAGUUUGUGAUGGGUAACUUUUAAAACUUUGAAACCUAACCUAAGUAAGGAUGAUGAUUAUGAAUAUGAUUAUGAGGAUGGUGACUAUGAUUAUGCUAUAUACGUAUAGUACAUACUUACUAUAUGUAUAUAGUACGUAUGCAUAUACAAACACAUUAUAUAUGUUAUAAUGUGCUUGUGUUUGUGUGUUUGUGCGUGUGUGUACAUAUGUGUAUGUAUAUGUUUGUUUAAAUUGCUGUCUCGCAAAAAAAAAAGGAUUUAACUAUAAAACGGCAUCUUUACAGUUGGAGGAAUAUAUAUAUAUAGAUAUGUAUAAAGAUUUUAUUUUAAGUCAUUUUGGAGCAUUUCGAUUGGUCAGUUCAUCAUAAAAUUUUGCCAUGACAAAUUCUAUAAAAGAUCUUUGUUUUUUUU